AUGAUUGAUGUAUGCAUUGACAAUUGCAUGAUUUUCUGGAAAGAUGAUGAUAAGCUCCAGGAAUGUCGAUUUUGUCAGAAGCCUAGAUAUCAACCAACUACUGGAAGAAGUCGUGUCCCGUAUCAACGUAUGUGGUAUUUGCUAAUCACUGAUAGACUGAAACGGUUAUAUCAAUCGGAAAGAACGUCAGCAGCAAUGAGAUGGCAUGCCGAACAUUUCACAACAGCUGGAGAGAUAACACAUCCCUCAGAUGCAAAGGCAUGGAAGCAUUUUCAGAAGGUACACUCAGACUUUGCUAACGAGGACAGAAAUUUUUAUCUUGGUUUGUGCACAGAUGGAUUUAGUCCAUUUGGUUUGUCAGGGAGACAAUAUUCACUAUGGCCAGUCAUCUUAACGCCAUACAAUCUUCCGCCGGAUUUAUGCAUGCAACGAGAAUUUUUGUUCAUGAGCAUUCUAGUGCCAGGUCCUAAGCAUCCAAAGCGAGCCCUUGAUGUAUUCUUGCAACCUUUGAUCCAUGAGUUGAAGCAGCUGUGGUAUUCGGGUGUUUGCACAUUUGAUUACUCGCGCCAACAAAACUUCAACAUGCGCGUAGUGCUACUAUGGACAAUUAGUGACUUUCCAGCCUAUGGAAUGUUGUCGGGGUGGACUACACAUGGAAGGUUAUCUUGUCCAUACUGCUUAGGUAGAUCAGAUGCAUUUCAGCUGAAGUAUGGGAGAAAACCAUGUUGGUUUGAUUGUCACCGGCGUUUUCUUCCUAUCAAUCAUAAGUAUCGGAAGAACAAAAAACUGUUUAUGAAGAACAAGGCCGUCCGCGCUCCCCCUCCGCCCUACAUCUCAGGAAAUGACUUGCUUCAGGAGAUAGAUUAUUAUGGUGCUGAAGAAACAUGUAAACAAGGAGGCAAUUGGCACACUCCAGCAAACAUGCCUGACCGGUAUCUCUCAGAGCACAACUGGCACAAAAAGAGUAUAUUCUGGGAACUUCCAUAUUGGAAAGAUCACCUCUUGCGGCACAAUCUUGAUGUUAUGCACAUCGAGAAAAACUUUUUUGAUAACAUCAUGCAUACAAUUUUGAAUGUUCAAGGAAAAAGUAAAGACAAUAUGAAAUCAAGGCUAGAUUUGGCAGAAAAAUGUUGCAGAAGGGAGUUGGAAAUUACUCGGGACGGGAAACAGCCUAUUCCGAACUUUCGUUUGUCGGCGGAUGCGAAAAGAGCUUUGUUUGACUGGGUCGCCUCAUCUGUCAAAUUUCCGGAUGGAUAUGUGUCCAGAUUCUCAAGAUGUAUAGAGCAAGGUACAAAAUUUUCAGGUAUGAAGAGCCACGAUUGCCAUGUAUUUAUGCAGAGAUUACUACCAUUUGCAUUAAAGGAGCUUUUACCAAUUCAAGUCCACGAAGCAAUUGCGGGUAUUGGAGCCUUUUUCCGAGAUCUUUGCACCAGAACAUUGACAGAAGCGGGCGUAGAAAAGUUGCGCAAAAAUAUUCCAAUAUUUCUAUGUAACAUGGAACAACACUUUCCACCUUCCUUUUUUGACGUGAUGGAACAUCUAACCGUGCAUUUACCACAUGAAGCGGAUCUCGGAGGUCCCGUGCAGUUUAGAUGGAUGUACCCAUUCGAACGUUUCAUGGGACAUUUAAAAGGAAAAGCAAAAAAACUUGCGAAAGUAGAGGGAUCUAUCGUUGCAGGGAGUUUGACGGAAGAGACAUCUAACUUCACAUCAUAUUAUUUCAGUCCAACCGUUAGAACAAGAAGAACAACUCCAAAACGAUAUGACGAUGGAGGUGUAGCGCCUACGUAUGGACAUUUUGUCCCAGAUAUAUUCAGGCAAAUUGGCAGACUUGCUGGGAAGUUAAAAGAAGAAUCAUGGGACCAUAAACACGCUACAGCGGCUCACAGUUACAUAUUGCGUAAUUUGGAGGAGGUGCAACAAUUUGAGAGUAUUUUUGACGGCCAAAUCCGUGAAGCAUAUCCUAAUUUACAAGAAAAUGAGUAUGAGUUUUACAAAGAACGUGAUUUUCCGGGAUGGUUAAGAUAUUAUGUGACUAACGGAUGUCAUCCACAGCCAAUACCACUUUGGUUGCAUGAGAUUGUUCAAGAACCAAUAGAAAAGGUCACAUCUGCUCCAAUGUACUUCACCCGAGGCUUCACAUUUCAUACGUACAGGCAUGGAAUACGGAAGUCAACUGCUAAUUAUGGUAUACAUGUCCCCGGUGUUACCAACUUCUAUGGAGUUUUGCAAGACAUUAUGGAAGUCACAUACCCAGGAAUUAUCAACAUAAAAUGCAUUUUAUUCAAAUGUGACUGGUACGAUCCGACACCCGACCGAGGGGUUCGUGAGAACAACUUAGGUGUGAUCGACGUACAUGCAAACAGGCGAUUUUCCAAGUUUGAACCAUUUAUUCUUGCAUCACAAGCAGAACAAGUGUGUUUCAUACCUUAUCCUCGGAUUAAGCAAAUACGUGAGACGUGGUUGUCUGUUAUAAAGGUGAAUCCACGAGGUUGUAUAGUUGGUCUAGAUGAUGAUGUGGCUAUGCAGAAUGACAGGGUAGCCCACAUAUCCACUCCGAGAGAAACCACAGAAGAUAUCUCACAUAUUGAUCCCACCAAUAUGGAGGUGGAAGACAUCAUUGAUGCGUCUACUGAUGAAGAGCGGGAUGAGUUCGCGGAGUCAUCAAGUGAUGAACUAGAGCAUGACAGAAACUCUGAUGCCUCUGAAAAUGAAUCUGAUAAUGAAUAUGAUUAA